AUGGACGCCUCGGAGAGAGCCGCUUUGUCUCAGUUUCUUAAUAUGGACACCUCGGAGAGAGACACUCUGCUGUCCGUCCUUUGCGGCCAAUGGUGGAACUGGGACUCAUGGGACUGUAAUCGAAUCAAGUUCAACCAAGACGGGACUGGGCAGAUGAUCUGCCGCGCCAGGCAAGAGGUGUUCAUCGCCGCCGAGUUCGAUUGGCAGCCCCUACACACAGAUAUAUUGGACCAGGAGCUCGUCAUGCCCAUCAAAAACCCCAAGGCGCCAAUGCGUCUGGCUCAAUUCGACAUCGUAAUGAGGCUCACGAAUCGUCGCAUCCCAAUUCUUGCGGGCCAAGACUUGAUUGGGUGCGCAAUCAACGAGUGUCUGCUCGAGGACGAUGCUUUUUAUGCCAAAGCGUAUAAUGUCAGUCUGGAACGAGGCAGGUUUCUGACGCCGUUCGACGCCCUGGGGGGCCAGAUCGACCCCUACACGCCGACAUUCUCUCUCGGGUUGGCCUUCGACAGGUCACCAUUCCCUCAGCAACACGAGUGGAAGGUCAAAGUCCCGGCGUCACUUGGCGUCAAACUCUGGGAUCGCAAGGAGUUUUGCGGGAAACAGUACGUACAUUGA